AUGUUCUCGGACGUGACGCGCGUGCACUUCGAGCGGGGCUUCGGCGGGCAGCCGCGCGCCUCGGGCGUGUCCUUCCUCAAGCUGGGCCGGCGGCACCGCGUGCGCGCGGCCAAGGAGGUGGUGCUGUGCGCCGGCGCAAUCAACUCGCCGCACGUGCUGCUGCUGUCGGGCGUGGGGCCCGCGCCGCACCUGCGCGACAAGCGCGUUCCGCUCGUCAAGCACCUCCCGGGCGUCGGGCAGAACCUACAGCUCGUCGUGUGGCAGGACCACGUGGCGCUGGGCGGCGUGGCGUACCUGCUGGGAGAGCCCGGCGAGGGGCUGGCGCUGGACGGGCCGGGCUUCGUGCUGCCGCGCGUCAUGACCAUGGACACCAUAGCGCGCUUCACCUUCCACAACGAGGGACCCAUGCUGGCGCUGCCCGAGAGCGAUGUCAUGGGCUACGUCAACACCAAGUUCGCAAACGAGUCGGACGACUGGCCGGACAUUCAGCUGAUGCUGGCGUCGUACGCGGAGAACACGGACGGCGGGCUGCUGUCCAAGCGCGGCGUGGGGCUGAGCGACUCCGUCUACGCCGCCGUGUACGAGCCGGAACUGUACCGCGACAGCUUCUCGGUGCUGCCGCUGCUGAUGCGGCCGCUGUCGCGCGGGCACAUCGCCCUGCGCACGGCCGACCCCAACGACCCGCCGCUCAUCUACCCCAACUACUUCGCCGACCAGAGGGACCUCGAGGUGUUGUUUCCUUACCGUUUCUAUGUGGUGGAGGGGGCGAAGCUGGCGCGGCAGUUCAGCGAGACGCGCGCGCUGCGAGAGCUGGGCGCCGUCGUCAACCCGCGCCCGUUCCCGGCCUGCUCGCACCUCGCCUUCCUGUCGGACGCGUACUGGGCGUGCCUGGCGCGCCAGUACCCGCUCACCAUCUACCACCCGGUGGGCACGUGCAAGAUGGGCCCGGCCGAGGACCCCACGGCCGUGGUGGACGCGCGCCUGCGGGUCCACGGCACCGCCAGCCUCCGGGUGGUCGACGCGUCCGUCAUGCCCACCAUCCCCACGGGCAACACCAACGCGCCCGUCAUCAUGAUCGCGGAGAAGGCCGCCGACAUGAUCAAGGAGGAGUGGCUCCCCGCCAGACGAGCGCGCAGGCGCGGCGGCGGCCGCCGUCACCGCGCGUGA